UUUAAGAUGAGUUAGUACUCUUUAUUUUCGUUUGAGAAAUGUUUAUACAUCUUUACAUUUUAGCAGUCUCAUUCAUCUGCUUUUCUGAAGGUUAUGGCGUUGGAGGGAGUAACGGAUAUCAUCCUUCGACCGGCACUGGAACAGUGAGUUUGGGCCCGGGGAUCACAUUGGCUCAAUUGAUUAAUGGAAAUCCUAUUCACAAGCCUGAAGAUUACGAUGACUACCAUGAAGAACCUCAAGGAACAGGAUUUGGCUUUGAUGACAAUCUUGGAAAGCUUCUCGACAAAAUAAGAGAUGGGUUCCAAUUCAAAAAUCCGCCAGUCAAAGUACAUGCAGCUGGGCCACUGCCAGGUGGCAAUUCGCCGGUUUUAUUUGGUGGUCAUUUUGGACAUCCGUUUGGUUUUCCUAUACCGUUCCUGCCACAUGGAGGUCCAGCUCCCCAACAACCUUCGCAUUAUCCCCAAGUAGCUAACAUACCUACCACAGAAAAUCCAAAUCAUAAGCCACUAAAUGGAAAUUUGAACGAUCAUUACUCCAAGCGACCAGAGUUACAAAAUCCAAAGAAUCCUGCACUCAAUAAACCAAAUAGUGGAAGACAACCACAGUAUCCUGCAGAUUCAGAUUUUCCUGAUUAUGGGAGUGAACAAUCUGAGCCGCCAUCUGGGGCCACACCUCGACCGAAUCAACUUAACACGAAAAAACCGUAUCAAAGUCAACAAAAAUGCGCCCAAGGAUCAGAAUGUACACCUGUUGAAAUCCCUCAUCAAGAAAAUCCCGAAGAAGAGUUACCUCUAGAUGAAGAUCGGAUGGAUGGACCCAAUAAUUUCGGACCUAAUAAUCACAGAAAUCCACAAGGCAAUCAACCAAAGGGUUAUGGUCCGCAGAGACAACCAAACCAUGAACAUCCACAAAAGGACGGCCAAAGUCAGCCUAAUUAUAAACCGCAUUCACAACCAACGGAAUGGCAUACACCAGAUUAUCAAACUGAAAUCGAAAACACUGAACCAAAUGGUGCCCAUAAGUCUAGACUGGGCAAUCAAAACAGACCACAAAAUUACCAACCAAAACACCAACAGACAGGUAAAAAAAGGCCGCAAUCACAAGAAAAUUCUAACCAUCCUGAUCAACAUCAUGAACCACACAAACCUAAUAUUCACGGUGGACCACAAGGGGAAGAACUGAUACCGCAAAAUCUUUCACCGGAACCUCAAAAGCCCAACGAUCAUCAAAAGCAGCCAGGCCCAAGCCAUUUCGAUUAUCCAGAUGAUUACGAAGAAAAUGAGCCUGAAAUUUAUGACCCAAAACCACCGAGAAAUCGUCCAAGUUCCCGGAAACCUUAUGAUCAAAAGCCUGGCUCAAAUAAUAACCCGAAUUAUCCCAGUCAACACGAAGAGGAAACACCUUAUGGACCUGAAACCCAGGAGCCGAAAUCUCCCAAUAAACCUCAUAUUUCGGAACCACAACAUUUUGGACCGCGCCCUCAGAGACCUUCCAAUCUCAGCUUACAUCCACAACCAAAUGAUCCCGAUUACCCCGACGAACAAGACGAACAAACUCCAAAAGGCCAGGAAUCGUAUAACAGAAAUCGCCCACAAAGCAAGAGGCCCAGUCUGCAAAGACCAUAUAAUCAAAAGCCACUACCACCUCAAACUGCUUACGGCGAUUUUGAGGAACCAGAGGAGAAAUCGUCUGGAUCAUUUAACCCGAAUAACCCACGACAGAACAGUCAGAAGCCUCAGGAACCUUAUCAUCAACAAUUUAGCCCCAAUCAAAGACAACCCGAUCCCCCCGAAGAACCAAAGCAAAAUGAUCGCUACACACCUCAUACUUCUCAGACAGAUAAUUCAAGAAUACCUCAGCAUCCGUUUGAUCAACAGAAGUCCGAAGAUUCUGAUGAACCAGGAGAAAACGACUCAUCUAAACAUCAGACACAUAAUCAACCGAUUCACAAUAUUCCAAAUUCUCAGCAAACACAGAAACCAUUGACUCAAAGGUAUCCACAGCUGAGUAUUCCUAAUAGAGUUCGCAGCCAUCCACAAUUGCGAUAUCCAAAUUCAAAUCAACCAUCUAUUUCGGGAAGCUGUGGCCCUGAAUGCAACUCGAAUUCGAAUGGCUCACCGCAAUCUCAAAAUUUUCCUGAUAUUCCAGGCCGAGAUCAAUCAGAAACUGAACCACAUAUUCCACAAGGUCACCCAAAGCUACAUUCAGGCUCACAAUAUAAUAAACCACAAGAAAAUUACAUGGGGAAUAAAAAACCGGAAAAUAGUCCACCCGGAUGCGGUUUAAAAUGUCAGUCGAAGCCGGAGUCUUCCUCAGCCCAACAUUCUAAACCAAACUCUAAUGUCAGCCCAGACUAUGAUCUUGAAACUUUGCCAGAACCCCAAUACCAAGAUAAUUCUGCAGAUGAAGCGGAAAACAAACAAAAACAGAAUGAUCAAGGUUAUGGAGACCACCAGCCUGUUCAAAAUUUUCCAGAACCCCAGUACCAAGAUUAUCCUGAAGAAGCAGGAAGCAAACCCAAACAGAAUAAUCAACCUUAUGCAGAUCACCAGCCUCUGCCUCUAAACCAUCAAGAGAGACCACAUCAACAACACCGUCAAAAAGACAAAAGACCUGGUAAUGGACUACCUGAUUGUGGAUUUCAAUGUACUUCGAAUUCAAAUCAUCAAAAGCAUCCACAUGUUAAUAGCAAUCUGGGCGUUAACCGCGACAAUGCUCCCCUUAAACCGCAAGGGCAUCAGCCAAAUUAUUCUGAUGAUCAAACAAAUAAUCACGACAAAAAUGAUCCAACAGAACCAAACGAAAGUGUUGACGAUCUUGUUCCACAAGAACCCACCGAGAAGUCUUCACUUCCGAGUCCAGCAGAGUGUGGUUCACAAUGCCCAGAUAAGAAUGGCUUACCUAAACCUGGAGAUGAACCGCAUAAUCAACAACCAAUUCAGUCAGAAGAUGAUAAACCUAAACAACAUCGGAGACGUCCGUCAAAGCAUCGGAAAAAUAAACAUCGUUGCCACAAGCACAGUAGAAGGGCUCAGCGAAGGUGUCUUGAACGACAUUCGCACAGAGAAUUUGAAAUGUCCGAUAACAAAAGAAAUGACAAGACAAAAAGCAAACCAGAGUCCAAUCACCCACAACAAAGUGGACAACAACCAGACGAUCAAUUCAAUAACAAUUCGAAAUGUAGCUCCACACAACCAUGUAGAUCAGUGCCAAAUAAUCCGGAAAGUGCAGAUCAAAAAGCAAGUGUCAACCCAAGUUUAAGCCAGGUCCCAAUAGAGGAAAUGAAUGAGAAUAAUAAUAAAAAUACGAAAGACAGUAAGCCUCCCCAUGAAGAGGUUGCUGAUCAAUCCGAAGAUGACUCAUCAGAGGAAGAUGAGGACACGUCCAAUGAAAGUAAAGACGGUCAAGGCAAUGAAGAUUACGACGAUUACGGGGAAAUGAAAGGUCAAGAAAAGUUAGAGGACAAAAGUGAGAAUGGGAAUCCCGAAGAAAAAAAUACGAUGCAAACUCCAUCUCCAAAGGGGAGAGCGCCAUCUAAUAAAGGAUCUUAUGCAGAUAGCAGACCCUCCACAAAUUAUGGGAAUAACGAGCCUCAAGUGGGUCAGUACGUAUCUGGAAAAAGCAAUCGGCAUAACAAAGCCAAUUUAAACAGUAAUCGCCGUGGUUACUAAAGAAGAAUUCAAAAGUAAUGUUUCAAUUAUAGGAAUUAUUUUGUAAUAAAUUACCAUUGAACACUA